AUGAGGCUCCUUCGAAGACGCCACAUGUCCCUGCGUCUAGCCAUGAUCGGCAGUGCCUUCAUGCUCUUCCUCUUCAUCCGGCAAAAGGAUGUAAGCAAAAGGGAGCCAGCCAUGGAGAAACCGUGGCUGAAGUCCCUGGUGGGCCAGAAGGACCACGUCCUGGACCUCAUGCUAGGUGCCGUAAACAACAUUAGAGAUGUCAUGCCCAAGCUGCAGAUCAGGGCUCCGGACCCCCAGCAGACUCUGGUCUCCACAAACCGCUCCUGCCUUCCAGGGUUCUAUACCCCUGCUGAGUUGAAGCCUUUCUGGGAACGGCCACCUCAGGACCCCAGCAGCCCCGGGGCAGAUGGAAAAGCAUUUCAGAAGAAAGAAUGGACCCCUCUAGAGACCCAGGAAAAGGAUGAGGGCUAUAAGAAACACUGCUUCAAUGCCUUUGCCAGUGACCGCAUCUCUUUGCAGAGGUCCCUGGGGCCAGACACCCGACCCCCAGAGUGUGUUGACCAGAGAUUCCGGCGUUGUCCCCCACUGCCCGCCACCAGCGUGAUCAUUGUGUUCCACAAUGAAGCCUGGUCCACCCUGCUGCGCACAGUAUACAGCGUCCUGCACACUAGCCCUGCCAUCCUGCUGAAGGAGGUCAUCCUAGUGGAUGAUGCCAGUACAGAGGAAUACCUGAAGGAGAGGCUGGAGCAGUACGUACAACAGCUGCAGAUCGUGAGGGUAGUGCGACAGCAGGAGCGGAAGGGACUCAUUACAGCCCGGCUGCUGGGGGCGAGUGUGGCGCAGGCCGAGGUGCUCACGUUCCUGGACGCCCACUGUGAGUGCUUCCAUGGCUGGCUGGAACCCCUCCUGGCUCGAAUUGCUGAGGAUAAGACAGCGGUGGUGAGCCCAGACAUUGUCACCAUCGACCUUAACACUUUCCAGUUCUCCAAACCUGUACAGAAAGGCAAAGCCCACAGCCGUGGCAACUUUGACUGGAGCCUGACCUUCGGCUGGGAGAUGCUCCCUGCACAUGAGAAGCAGAGACGCAAGGAUGAAACCUACCCCAUCAAAUCCCCAACGUUUGCCGGUGGCCUCUUCUCCAUCUCCAAGGCCUACUUUGAGCACAUCGGUACCUAUGAUGACCAGAUGGAGAUCUGGGGAGGGGAGAAUGUGGAAAUGUCCUUCCGG